AUGGCGUGCUUGUGCUGUCUUGUUUUUUUUUUGUUGACGGGUGGUAUCGAGCUCGUUGUUGGAGAAAGCUUAACUUUCUAUGCUUUAUUCAGACCGGAAUUAAAUCUUUCUCAACAAAAUGGACUUUCCCUUACAUCGAUUUUUUGGCUUAGCAUUGUUACAGCGAGAACGCUCUUCAUACUAAUGACUAAACUUAUUAAUAUCAACGGCUUGUCAAAUUUUGUACUUGUCUCUGCAGCAGUUGCUGGAUAUAUUGCUGCAAGUGCGCGUUCACUUUCCGUUAUGCUUUUCACAGUGUUUAUUUUAGAUUUAUCUUUGGGACCGUUGUCGCCUUUCUUGCUUUGUUGGCUAGACGAACAGGACUUAUCAAGCCGUCUGUCAUUAAGCCUACUGUAUGCUACCGGCAUAUCUCUCGGAUGCCUCAUUUUCCCUUGUAUUAUUGCUUUCUUCAUUUAUAUUUGUUCCACACCAGCAUCACUUUUUGCAGUUGUUUGUGUUUCACUUUUCUUUAUCUACAUUGUGCUGAUUAUGACGGUACGUACUGCCAAGGUUAUAAUACGGCUUAGUGUCAUAAACCAAUGCUCAAGUAGUCAAAAUCCGGAAGCGAGCCAAAGCCGCUGGACAGAAAAUACGAAACGGUGA